ACAGUCGAAUGAUAUUUUACCUUCAGAUGGUUGUGAAGAACCAGAAAAAGCGGCCUGCCCAGUCUUCUCAGGGUCCCUCAAAAAAGCGCAAAGUUGCUGCGACUCGAGACAAACCUGCAAAGAAGGCCAAGGGAAAGGGCAAGGAAAAGGCGAUUGACAAGAGUUUCAUCCCGAUACCCUCUACGCACGAUGACGAUGAAGUCAACCUCUCUGAUCAAGAUCUAGAGUUCUUCGAAGAGUUUAGCGGCGGGGCUCGUUUCCUUACCAGUUUGGAUGAGAAGGGCAUCGCGAAGAGCAAGAAAGAAAUUACGCGACUGCACCAAUUGCGUAAACCCGUUCGUGCUCAGAUCAAGGAUGAUUUGCCGUCCAUACACUCAGACGAUGAAGACUUGGAGGAGGAGGAUUGGAGCUCAGGUAUCGGUAUUGAGGACGACGACUUGUCGAUACCAAGCCCUGAAGAAGAGCAUGAUGGCGCCUCUACUUCGUCUUCAAGCCAGGUCGAUCGUCAAAAAGGCGGCGAGUCAGAUUCAGACGUGGAGAUGCCCUAUGAAUCCAUUCCCCGAAAACGAAGACCGGAAUGGGAAUCUGAGUCUGACAAGGAUGCAGGUAUCGAUCGUUUGCCUAUAAAACUUGCCAAUGGACGAGUAGAGAAAGCCAACGGCAAAGUGUAUCUUCCCAAGAAAGAGAAGGUCGAAGAAAGCGAGGACGAAUACUCAGAGGAGGAGCAAGAACAAUUUCCACAGCCCGGGGUAGAAGAUGUUUCUACUGGCGCUCGGUUUGGUCGUCCUGCAGUGGUCGACGUCAUAGGCCUGAAGUCUCGCAAGGCUAGAGUACAACUUGCCAAAGAACAAAUUGCCGGCAUAUGUCAAGAAAUCGUCGCCGAUCCUGAGAAUAGUCUUGGUCUUCUUCGUCGCCUCAACACAUUCUCCCUUUCCGAAAUUUCAACUCCAUCUCGUCCCGAACCGCUUCCGAACGACCCUGUGAUCCGUAAACUCACCUUCCUUUCGCAAUUAGCUGUGUUCAAAGAUAUUAUCCCUGGCUAUCGCAUUCGUGCCCUAACCGACAAGGAGAAGGCCGAGAAGGUCAGUCAAAUGGUUCAACGAACUCGUGACUGGGAACAGGGUCUCGUUGGGGCCUACCAAGCUUAUUUGCGGACGCUAGAUGCUGAGAUAAAAGCUAAGAGCGAAUUGGCCGAGGUCGCACUCAAGUGCAUGUGCACUCUGCUUUCUGAUGUGACGCACUUCAACUUCCGCGUCAACCUGAUGAGCACCAUCGUGGCUUUUCUGAGUCGAAAAUCCUGGGACAAAAACUCCGACCUCUGCCUCAACACGAUCAUCAAAGUCUUCCGCGCUGACUUGACAGGCGUCCCUUCAUUAGAAGUUGUUCGUCUUCUGAACCGCAUGAUCAAGGAAAGAAGGUUCAGCGUUCACCCUGAAGUCCUUUCCUGCCUGCUCCACCUACGAUUAAAGAGUGAGCUAGGGGUUCGUUCAUCUGAUUCGAGGGCCGACAGGCCCGAAGAGCAAAAUGGUAAAAAAUACGCGAAGGGGCGGGCGGCGGGGCGCAGGGCGAAGGGCAAAGCUACGGACCAACCGCAUUUGAGCAAGAAAGCCAAGAAAGCCCUGAAAGAACGGCAAGAAAUCCAGAAAGAGAUGAGAGAGGCUGCUGCGGAAGUCGAUAAGGAAGAACGAGAAUCAAACCAUACCGAGACCUUGAAGCUCUUGUUUGUCCUCUACUUCCGGAUCUUGAAGAAUCCUCAUCCGACACCCUUGCUACCGGCAGCCCUGCUGGGUAUCUCCAAAUUCGCACAUCUAGUCAACAUCGAUUUCUUCAAAGACCUAAUGAAGGUCCUUAAAGAACUGAUGCAUCGUCGAUCCGAUAACGAAGAGGGGUCGAAUCCUCCAGGUCAUGUUCCGCGUGGGAUUAAGGAGGUUCAACACCAACUGUUAUGCAUUAUGACCGCAUUUGAGCUUCUCUCAGGCCAAGGCGAAGCCUUGGAUAUCGAUCUGGGCGAUUUUAUCAACGGAUUGUACGCCAUGAUCCCAUCCCUAAGUUUAAUGCCCCACAUCGAAACAUCCCCGUCGACUGAAUUCAAAUCUGACAUACGCGUUUCAAAACCGCUUUCCACUUCGGAGAUGCUCUUCCGAGCGUUACAACUCGCAUUUUCGCCCCGAGCUUCCGUAGCAGCUUCUCCGCCAUGGCGCUCUGCUGCUUUUGCGAAGCGUCUGCUCACAGCAUCCCUCCACUGGCCACCAACAACCAUCCUGCGCGGCUUAGAAUUCGUCGGAGGGUUAUUAGAACGUGAUUCCAAACUGGAGGCGCUCUUGUCCACUGACGACCGGAGCGUAAAUGGCGUCUACCGUCCGGAUCUCGAUGACCCGCAGUUGUGCAAUCCCUUUGGGACCUCCUUCUGGGAACUUCAUCUCCUGUCGCAGAAACACUGGGAUUCUAGCGUCCGAGUGGCUGCAAAGAAGCUACUAGAUUUCACCCCUGCGUCAUAGCUAUAGCGUUUUGAUAGGAGCUCAUGGCACACGAGCCAAGGAUGGGCUGCUGCUCUGUUUAUAUGUACGAAUCGAUAAGUUACUAUUUUACGGAUAAAACAUUGAGGUAUGUACAUGACGACGAAGAGGGGCGUUGUGCCCUUGGGAAUAUAGCGGCUACAGUGGUUUCCGGAGGUAAGAUUUUGGGGGAGGUGGCUAGCACUACAAUGGGGAUGUGGAUGAUGGUGAUACAAAGCAAAAAGUCCUAUUCUUCAUGCUGCUCGUUUCAAGUCGUAGUAAGUUCAUGCUAUGCGGGGUUUACAUAGUGGUAAAAUAAGUGAUGUCCCUCUAGUCUGAGCGAAUAAUGAAAAAUGACGAAGGCCGCCAAUAU